AUGCACCUACGACAGAGUCUUGGUCUAUUGCUUGCAUGCGCUGUCACAGCCCUUUCCCUUCCUACUGAUGAAGGGAAUAUGAAGGCGGUAUUUGCCACGGAACCGGUCAUCAACGCAGCAGAAUAUGCCGUCUUUGCUGACACGCUCACUCUCAACGGCGUCACUCGCCCCAUUACCAAAUUAGAUGACCAAGGAAACUCCGCGAUCACGUACAAAGUGGGGGGUGGCGGUUGGCCCGAUCCGUCAACCAAGAAGGACGUGACGGCCUACGCGAAGUCUGGAAAGACACCCGGGCAAACACACGACGAAGAGAUCAAAUGGUUGACGAAGGUCCAACAACUCCUCGACAAGGGGAAGUUCAAUAACCUCAACUGGAUCGUCUUCCGUGGCGUCGAUAACAAGUACCAUAUCACCGUCACUGACUACUGGAACAACGUUCUCUACAAGCAAUAUCUCAGCCAGGGUAAUAUACAGGGAUGCAAGGAUGAGUUCAAGAAAAGCAAGAUCCCCUUGAUUAUAAAAGAAGCGAAGUACUAUGUCGACAACUACAAGGUGCUUCAUACCGAUAUCCAACCCGGUAAUCUCCUUUGGGAUAUGGCAGCUACCUCCCCUACACUCAUCGACUGGGGCAGGGCUAAAGAUACUCCAAAGUGGACUGCCGCUAUCGAGGAGCAAGUCAGGAAGCAAGCAGAAUUCUCGCAUUUGGAGGGACAAGAGAAGAUUUGUAUCAGAUUUUAG